UGCGCCAUCAUUGUCCUAUAUAUACAUAUACAUUGGAGGAUGGUGGCUAAAGUGUUAGCUGUGAAUUCGAAGCCGCCGGAAAUAUCUGACCGGUUUCCAGAUGGAGAAGAAGGUGGCCAUCGUCGGCGCCGGAGUCAGCGGCCUUUUGGCCUGCAAGUACGCGCUCUCCAAGGGCUUCCGUCCCAUCGUGUUCGAGGAGGAGAGCAGCAUCGGCGGCGUCUGGACCGCCACAUUUCGGACCACCAAGCUGCAGACGCCCAAACCCUUCUACCAGUUCUCGGAUUUCCCCUGGCCGGAGUCGGUCACGGAGCUCUACCCGGAUGGCCGGCAAGUUCUUGAUUACAUAGAGUUGUAUGCUCGUCACUUUGAUCUGCUCCGGCACGUUAAGUUCCGGUCUAAGGUGUUGAGCGUCGCUUUUGAAGGACCGCCGGAGAAGGAGAUGGCAGCCUGGGCGCUUUGGGGCGGCUCCGGUGACCCUUUUGCCUCUAAAGGGAAGUGGAAUAUCACCGUCCAACACACUGGAAACCUUUCCACAGAGGUUUAUCAAGUAGAUUUUCUAAUCCUGUGCGUCGGAAGGUUCAGCGGGAUUCCGAACAUUCCAGACUUCCCGUCCGGCAAGGGCCUGGAAGCGUUCGACGGGACGGUGAUCCACUCCAUGGACUACGCCGCCAUGGAUGACGCCGCCGCUCAGAAUCUCGUCAAAGGGAAGCGCGUCGCCGUCGUCGGCCUCCAGAAGUCGGCUCUGGACAUCGCCGUCGAGUGCUCUUCUGCCAAUGAGGCGGACGAUCGUCGUCUUCCCUGCACGGUUAUCUACAGAACAGAGCACUGGAACGUGCCGGAUUAUCAGCCGUGGGGAGUUUCGAUCGCGUAUCUGUAUUUGAAUCGCUUCUCCGAGCUCUCCGUUCACAAACCCGGCGAAGGCCUUCUUUUCAGUGUCCUCGCAACAUUACUCACUCCGGUGAGAUGGGGAUUAGCGAAAUUCAUGGAAACACACAUCCGCCGCAAACUUCGUCUUUCCAAGUUUGGGAUGGUGCCGAAGCACGGGUUUUUGCAAGAACUGAGUUCUUGCACGACGUCGACGGUGCCGGAGGAUUUCUACGAUAGGGUGGAGAAAGGAAGCAUCCGGUUGAAGAAAGCUCAAAAUUUCAGCUUCUGCAAACAAGGCAUUCUGGUCGACGGCGAGGACGAAGCUCUAGAGAUGGACGUCGUCAUUUUGGCCACCGGCUUCAAAGGCCUCGAAAAGUUGAGACGAAUCUUCGUGUCCCCAACCUUCCAGGAUUGCAUCGCCGGCUCUCCUGAUAUAGCUCUUCCAUUGUACAGGGAAUGCAUCCAUCCGAGGAUUCCACAGCUGGCGAUAAUAGGGUUCUCGGAGAGCAUAGCGAACCUGUACACGUCGGAGAUGAGGUGCCGGUGGCUGGCGGAGCUGCUAGACGGGAAGUUCAAGCUGCCGAGCAUCGUAGAGAUGGAGAGAGAUGUGGCGGAGUGGGACAAGUACAAGAAGGAAUACUCGGGGAGAUACUUCAGCAGAUCAUGCAUAGGAGGGCUCCACAUAUGGUACAAUGAUCAGCUGUGCAAGGACAUGGGAUGGAACCCUAGGAGGAAGAAAGGGUUCUUGGCCGACUUGUUUCAGCCUUAUGGCCCCAUGGAUUAUGCUCAUCCUCAUUUUUGAGACCUCUAACUCUCUCUCUCUCGCUUAAGUUUUCUCACUUGGAAGUUGAAAGAAAAUCCUUGCAAAAUGAACAGCUUGAAAGCAACGUUUAGAAAAGAUAAUUUUGAUUUGAGUGCUUCGUAGAACCACCAACAAAAGCAAAAGCAAGAGAAGCCUGUUACGGAAUUGACAAAUUAAUUAAUGUUUGCCAGCUACGACAAUUUUAGACUUCCAUCAAUGCCAGCCUCAAGACAUCUCGCUUGCAGUCUAGAACUUGCACUUGCAAGCUAUUGCGAAAUAAUAGAGUUUCUUUGUUUACGAGUAUUUAGUGUAUUCAUUAAUUAAUCUCUCGAGUUUAGAGAUAAGGUUUGCCCAAGUUAUCCUUCUAUUAAGUGAAAUUAUAUCUCUUUGUAGUGAUUACUGACUACCAAGUAGCAUAA